ACAAGGGCAAGCCGAGUCGAGACAAAUCAGGACAUCGAAUCACGGUGCCGAGAUGGGACGACUGCGAAUGGUGUUGAUGCUUGUGUCCGGAGCGUUGCUGGUCGGCGCGGCGACGAGCGGCGCGCGGCAGGACUGGGGUUACGUGUCGGUUCGGGAAGGUGCCCGGCUCUUCUGGUGGCUUUUUUACUCGGAGAGGGAGGCGGCCGGUAACUCGUCCGCGCCGCUCGUCCUGUGGCUCCAGGGUGGACCGGGAGGCUCCGGCUGUGGAUUUGGAAACUUUGAAGAGAUUGGGCCUCUUGACGUUGACCUGAAUCCCAGGAACUAUUCAUGGGUACAGGCAGCCAGUUUGCUGUUUGUGGAUAACCCAGUGGGCGCGGGUUAUAGUUACGCCACUGACAGUGGUGCCUUCGCCAAGGACCUGGACAUGGUGGUGAGAGACAUGAUGGUCCUUCUCCAGAACUUCUUCCAGCACAAGCCUGAGUUCCAGAAUGUUCCGUUCUACAUUUUCUCCGAAUCGUAUGGUGGGAAGAUGGCUGCGGCCAUCGGACUGGAACUGCUUCAGGCUGUGCUCCACAAGAAGGUCAAGUGCCUCUUUGCCGGGGUGGCCCUGGGUGAUUCCUGGAUCUCCCCACUAGACUCAGUUCUCUCCUGGGGACCCUUCCUUCACAGCAUGUCUCUGCUGGAUGACCGGGGCCUGGACGAGGUCAGUGCCACUGCAGCCAAGGUCCAGGCAGCCAUCGAGGCCGGGCAAUACCAGCAGGCUACCGAGCUGUGGGCCCAGACCGAGGACAUCAUUGAGAAGUGCACAGAUGGCGUGAACUUCUACAACAUCCUGAAGGAACAGAGCCCACAGCAAUCUCCCGGAGAGAGGAGUCAACACCUGGGAGAAAGAACCAGGGCCUCUCCUUAUCCCAGCCUGGAGGACGUGAAUCUCUCUGCAGCUCACCAAGGGCCUGGAGAAGCCGUGAAAGGAGGGAACCCAGAGUCCCUCGGAAAUGAAGGUCACAGGACUUCCCCACGUCGACUGACAACAAGGAAGAGCAUCAGCUUCUUGGACCCUAAACAGAUUACAGAGGAGGAGGUGCUUGCUGUCUUGAGGCAAAUUCGGAUGGUUAAAUCCCCAGGGCUUGACAAGAUUUCCCUUGGACCCUGCAGGAGGCAAGUGCAGAAAUUGUUGGGGCCCUUCCAGCGAUAUUUAAAUCAUCUUUAGUGACAGGCGAGGUACCAGAGGAUUGCAGUAUAGCCAAUGUUGUUCUGCUAUCUAAGAAAGGCUGGAAACAUAAACCGGGAAAUUAUCGGCCAGUGAGUCUGACCUCAGUAGUGGGAAAGUUAUUGGAAGGUAUUCUAAGGUACCAGCUAUGAAUAAUUGGAUAGAUAGGUACUGCUUAAGGAUGGUCAACAUGGCUUCACGUGUGGUAAGUCAUGUCUAACCAGUCUUGAGGAGUUUUUUGAGGAAGUUGCCAGGAAAGUUGAUGAAGGUAUUUGACAAGGUCCGACAUGGGAGGUAGUCAAGAAAUUCAGUUGCUUGGCAUUCAGGAUGAGGUAGUAAAUUGGAUAAGACAUGGGCUUUGCAGGUGAAGCCAUAGAGUGGUAGUAGAGUGUUGCCUCUUUGACUGGAGGACACGUGGAUCAGUGCUGUGUCUGUUGUUGUUUGUUAUCCAUAUCAAUGAUCUGGAUGAUAAUGUGGUUAACUGGAUUGGUAAAUUUGCAGAUGACACCAAGAUUGGGGAUGUAGUGAACAGCGAGGAAGACUAUCAUGUCUGUCAGUGAGAUCUAGACCAGCUGGAAAAAUGGGCUAAAAAAUGGCAGAUGAAAUUUAAUGCAGAAAAGUGUGAGGUCUUGCACUUAUUUAAGACCAACCAGCGUAGGUCUUACACAGUGAACGGUAGGGCACUGAGGAGUGUGUCCAAACAAAGGGAUCUGAGAAUACAGAUUCAUCAUUCAUUGAAGGUGGCAGCACAGGUAGGUCGAGUGAUAAAAAAGAAAUUUUGGCACAUAGACCUUCAUAAAUCGAUAUAUUGAUUACAGGAGAUGGGAUGUUAUGUUGAAGUUGUGUAAGGUUUUGGUGAGGCCUAAUUUGAAGAAUUGUGUGUAGUUUUGGUCACCUACCUACAAGAAAGAUGUAAACAAGGUUGAAAGAGUACAGAGAACCAAUUUCCCCCAGGAUCAAUAAAGUAUGACUAUGACUACUAUGAAAAGAAAAUUUACAACAAUGUUAUAUGGAAAUAUUGAAUAAGUUAGAAAUGUAGAAAAUUGGGAGAAAAUUUGAUAGUAGUAUACAAAAUUAUAAAGUGUAUAGAUACUGUAAAUGUAAGCAGGCUUUUUGUACUGAGGUUGGGUGGGACUACAACCAGAGGUCUUGGGUUAAGGGUAAAAAGUAAAACGCUUAAGCAGAACAUGAGGGGAAACUUCAUUCAGAGGGCCAUAAGAAUGUGGAACGAGCUGCCAUCACAAAUUCUGCAUGCUAGCCUGAUUUCAAUGUUUAAGAGAAGUUUGGACAGGUACAUGGAUGGCAGGAGUAUGAAGGGCUAUGGUCCUGGUGUAGGCCGAUGGGAGUAGGCAGGUUAAAUGAUUUGGCGUGAACUAGAAGUUUGAAGGGCCGGUUUCUGUGCUGUUCUUCUCUAUGACUCUAUCACUUGCCAAUGACCAAUGGGUGCACCUGCCUGGGAUCGUGCAAUCCGUUCACACAUCCCUUAAAAAGAAGUGGGAAGUCAUGACAGAGCGACGCCGUUUCUGUGAGUUCCUGAAAGCCCGGUAGGGGUGGAUAGGCGCAGGGUAAGGAGGCCUACUCCCACUGGCCUGGGUGUUGGCAAGAAGACGUAGUACUUUCAUGAAGGUCAGAGUAGUGAGUAAUAUCAAUGGCGACAGGGAGAUGUACCACGGAUUCCACCAUCUCUCGGUCCUUGGGGAACGGAGAUAUGCAGUGAGCUUCCUGCAGAAAACACACACGUUCCAGGAGACAAAUUCACCUGGGGCCAGCCGGAUUUACUGAAAGUAAAUCAGCUCAAGCCAGGCUGCCUGCUGCAUCUCGCCAUGUGCUUGGGUGAUGAACCAUUAUACUUUGUUAAUGUGCAUGUCCCUGUUUUGGGAGAUGGCUGUGCUGUUGGCUACUUUGAGGUAAGGGUGUCCUCAUGGCAGUUGAGCAUCAGUGCAGCUGCUUGGAUCUUUCGACUUGGUCGACGAAUGGUGGAACCUCCAUUCUGACUCCUGUGCCUGAGGUUUGCAACUCAACCGACUACAAAUUUCCAGGACACAUAUCUGCCACGUGUCGGCGGCCUCCAUUCUCAGACCACUGCCUGGUAUGGAUGAAUGGUCAUUCUGUCUGUUUUGGGAAGCGUGGAGGGGAGAGCACAGGGCUUUCGGUGGGUCUGACUCUUUUGCAAGGAAUACCUCAUCCAUCCGUCCUGUGAGGUAGGCCUGUCAGUUGCCUUUCUCUCUCUCUCAAUCAGGAGAUGGCAUUUGACAGGGUGAAUCAUAACUAAUUCCUCAGGAGUCUGCACGUGUUCAGACUCGGAUCACGUUUUCUUGCCUGUGUCCGUCUGUUGUAUGCUGCCACUCUUGACAGCACCCAUUUGCUUCAUGAGGGGGCUGUGUCAGGGCUGCCCAUUGUUGGGGCAACUGUACUCUGUGUAGAGCCUUUCCAUUGCCACCUUCAGAAGCCGUUGACAGAUCCGCUUCUUCGCGAGCCGGAGAUGAAGGUAGUCCUUUCAGCUUAUACCAGCGAUCUCCUCCUUACGAUCACUGACCCUGUUGUCCUACAGAGGAAGCAACACUGCCAGCAGAUCUCCUGAGCUGCGUCCUCUGCUAGGGUCAAGAGGAGCAAGUGCUCUGGUCUUUUAGUGGGUCAGUGGGAGAUGGAAUCCUCGUCAGAGCUAAGACCAUUUAUGUGGAGCACCACGCACCUCCUCUGUCUGGGGGUGCACCUCAGAUCCACUGUGGAGACUCAGCAGGCAAGCUGGCAGGACCUAGAUUCGAAAGUUACUGCCUGGUUGAGACGCUGGUCGGGUCUACUCCACGUAAUCUCAUAUUGGUCAUUAAUCAGCUGAUAGCCUCCAUGUUUUUGUACCGGCUGGUCACUUUAGUCCUGCCCACUCUAUUUGUCACCAAAACCCAGAGGAAGCUGGUGGAGGACUGUGAGGCAACUGGAGGCAUUGGGUCUCUGCUGUGGUCCUGUGUCUUCUGAGUGAGGAGGGCAUCAGUCACUGGUGUGCACAGGGACCCAGCUAGCAGCUCAGUGCUUCAGGACCCUGCAUAGAUACAUGUUCACUGAGCACUCUCCGAGAGUCGACACGCUGGGGGCAUUGACAUCGGCUGGGUUUGUGGCUCCCUGAGGGAAGCAUCAGUCGUUCCACGAUGUGUGAGCUGCCACAGGUCUGGGAUAGGGUCUCCUAUAGUCAGAGAGCGCCUGCAGGAAACAGCACGCGGGGCUGUGGGGGAGGUGGUUUCACAUCCUGGCACGACGGGUGCGGGUGGCUCCGACCACACCAACCCUGCUCCACCGUUGGCACUUGUGGGACCCAAACCCCAAAAUCUCCUUUGGGAGCUAGUCCCACACUCCCACACAGCAUGAGCUGCCUCCUGGAGUUACCUGCUGUGCCAUUCUGUGAUGUGCCAAUGCUCUCUUGCACACUUUUCACUUCUUUGCCCCUGCCUGCUGUCUGGACACGCUGUGACAGUUCGUCUUCCCAUCAGGCGGUGAGGGAGAUCCCCAGUGUUAGUCUCUCUAUGCAGGAGUCUUUCCCCGGUACAUUGGGGACUUGGGGUGGAUGGUGCUGCACUGGGCACUACUGUGUAAUAGAAAUCUGAGCAGGUUCACUGAUGCCCCACCCACGUGUCCUGUCUGUGGAUCGGAGGGGUCAGUGGUCCAUGUCUAUGUGGAAUGUGAGAGGUUGCAGCACUUGUUUGAAUAGCUGAAGGGGCUGCUCCUCAUGUUCUGCCAGUACUGCAGCCCCACGGUCCUGGUAUAUGGGCUGGUAGUAAGUGGGGGGGCUGCUCAGAGGAUGUCCUGGUGGGCUUGCUCUUGCACCUGGCCAAGAUGGCCAUUCGCAGGUCCAGUCAAUGAGAUAUCGAGGGUUCUGCCCGAUCUGACCACAAGCCCCUCUUCCAGAGCCACAUACACACCAGGGUGAGGGUGCAUGUGAUCGUGGGGGUUCAGUGGGGAAUUUCCAUGAACAAUGGCCCCCAGGGAAUUGAGUGCAUUAAAAGUGGUAAUAACUGUACUUUAACUUGAAUUCACUAUUGUAAUGCUUAACCUUUGUAUGUCUUUUGGGUCACACCGUGGGAGAGGGCGGUACUGAGGGAGGGUCACACUAUGGGAGAGAUCAGUACGAGUCCCUCCCCCCAGCACCUACUGACGA